AUUCAUGACUUGCGAUUUCAGCGGACACAGCUAGUUCUUCUUUAGGCCAUUAAAAACUUUGUAUCAACCUCUUUUUUCAAGGAAUAUCAUCAUGUCUAAGAUUCAAGGAGGAACCGUUGUUGAGAUGCAAGGAGAUGAAAUGACAAGGAUUAUAUGGGAGGCGAUUAAAACCAAGCUGAUAUUUCCGUUCAUUGAUCUUAACAUUCAGAGCUAUGAUCUUAGUAUUCAGAACAGAGAUGCAACAAAUGACCAAGUGACUGUUGACUGUGCUGAAGCUAUCAAGAAGUGUAAUGUAGGCAUUAAAUGUGCUACCAUUACACCAGAUGAAAAGAGAGUUGAAGAAUUCAACCUGAAAAAGAUGUGGAAAUCCCCAAAUGGAACGAUUAGAAACAUUCUUGGUGGUACGGUCUUCAGGGAAGCGAUCAUCUGCAAAAACAUUCCAAGACUCGUAGUCACAUGGAAUAAACCUAUUGUCAUUGGCCGUCAUGCACAUGCAGAUCAGUACAAAGCAACAGACUUUGUAGUCCCUGGCAAGGGAAAGAUUGAACUAACCUACACACCAGAAGAUGGAAGCGAACCAAAAUCAUUCACUGUUCAUAACUUUGUAGACGGAGGUGGCGUUGCCAUGGGAAUGUUUAAUACUGACGUAUCUAUUCAGAACUUUGCUCAUUGUUGUUUCCGCUAUGCUUUAGAUCGGGGCUAUCCUCUAUAUCUCAGCACAAAGAAUACUAUUUUGAAACGUUAUGAUGGUCGGUUUAAGGACAUAUUCCAGGAGAUCUACGAGACGACAUACAGAAGUGACUAUGAGGCGAAGAAUCUCUGGUACGAGCACAGAUUGAUUGAUGAUAUGGUGGCCUUCGCAAUGAAGAAUGAAGGAGGAUUCGUCUGGGCUUGCAAGAAUUAUGAUGGUGAUGUACAGAGUGACUCUGUUGCACAAGGUUAUGGAUCCCUGGGUAUGAUGACGUCAGUUCUGAUCUGUCCCGAUGGAAGGACGAUUGAGUCUGAGGCUGCUCAUGGAACGGUGACGAGACAUUAUCGUAUGCAUCAACAGGGCAAAGAAACGUCUACAAACUCAGUUGCAUCCAUAUUUGCGUGGACAAGGGGUCUUUCUCAUCGCGCGAAGCUGGACAGUAAUGAAGCCCUUGCUAAGUUCUCUGCUGCUUUAGAAGAAGCAUGCAUCGAGACUAUAGAGGGCGGUAUCAUGACCAAAGAUCUCGCAAUCUGCAUCAAGGGAAUGGCAAAUGUUGUCCGGUCUGACUAUGUCAACACGUUUGAAUUCAUUGAUAAAGUUGCUGAAGCUGUCGCAGCAAAGUGUAAGUGACUGGAAAGCAGUAAACUAUAAAUUCUGAACUCUGUAAAUUAAAUAAAUUGUAGUCUAAUGCUGUCUUAAUCAUAUAAGUGAAAUGCAGGGUUUUUUUCAAUUUCAAACAGGCAAUUCAGUAACAAAUUUAUGUCUCAUCUUUUGUUUGAGCAUCUUGAAAGUUUAUUUUGAUAUGAAAAUCUUAAAAUGUGUACAUUUCAUCAAUGCAAUAUUGAUCAGUAAAUAUUGUCUGGAUAUAAUAAAAGUGAGAAAAGGAAAUCAAUUCAUGGCCCUGCCUUACACAUAGUGACUGGUCCAUUCAGUCACAAUUAUGGAAAGCCAACAAAUACAGAAUGCAGAUGACUGUUGAAAGUCUUUUUCUAAAUACAGUGUCAGCAUUAGUGUAAUCAUUGUACAUCUCUGUUUCCAGAGGGAUGUUAUUUACAUUUCAUUCCAUAGUUGGGACUGAUUGGAUCAGUUACAAUCCUUUGUGAAACAAGCAAUGAUGAGAUCGAUUUCAGUUCAAUAAAAGAAAAUGUAUUUAGGAUAUUGCGUUCUCAUGGCAUCACAGAACAGUUAUGUAAAAGAGUUAUAUAAAUGUUGAUUGGCAUAAUGGCGUCUUCCACCAAAUCCAGAGGGGUCUAUUCAUAAAGCUGUUUGAAAGCUGUUAUAAAUGAUUUUACUGAUCACCCCUUCUUGAAGUAAAUGAUGUACCCCAAAUUUUUGUUGGUAUUGCUUUAGCUACAUUUAAGUGAUCCAAUCACCAGAUAUAUAUGCAAAGGUCAUUUGUAACUUACAAAUGGCUUUAUGAAACACCCUUUAGGAUGAGUUAUAUUCUAUUCUGUGUAACCAGGGGAAAAAAACUCUGAAUGUUAAGUGACUAUAUAAUGAAUUUUAAUGGAGUGGUUUUUCAUUAACAUCUUUGUAGGUUACGCACAAAUUAACAAAUAACUGGUGAUGCUUAAUCACAUUCUCAAUUACUUUUCUUUCACAUCAGCUACUGUUCAAAUCCGAUCUUUGUAGAUUCUCAUUUUUCACAAGCAUCAGAAUAGAAAAUUCAAUACAUAUCCCGGGCAAGGUUUCACGAAGGAUCUUUUCAGUGAUAGUCACUGACUAAUUUGUUGUGAGCCAAUCAGAUGCUGGGAUAGCUUAUUACAAACAUUCAGUGUACCCUCCGCACUGCCUCCAUGCUGGUAGCCCCAUUGCUACAGGGGUUGCUUCUUUGAGUGUUUCAUGAUGCAUCUUGUCAAUGAUUUUCACUGACAAAUUCGCUCCAUCCAAAUAGAUGCAGGGAUUUCAGUAGCUUAUAACAGCUGUCAGUGAAAACUAAUGACUAUUCAACUCAUUACCCCAGGUUUAAUGAGUUUUAGAGGAAAUGCACUGGGGGAUUCCAAGUCCUGUGUUGACAUCAAGUGUUGGUGUUGGAAUUUGAAUUGUAAAACUGAUCCAGAUCAUAUUAUUGACAUCUCAAAUACUAGUGAGUGACUUUUCAGAAACCUCUUAUGUUCAUGGUGUUAAACUCCAACUCCAACACCAAUAGGUCAACACUCAACUUGAAGUUACCCCGGGGGGCCACUUACAUUGACGAGUGGAUACCAUGCGUGA